AUGGCGGCGAUACGUCGAAGGCGACGGUAUUCGGGUUCUGAAGAAGGCAGUGAGGAUGAGUCUGUCUCUUCUGAGAACAGUCAACCCCAAAAUAUCGAAAGAUCCGACUGUGAAAGUGAAGGGAGUUAUGAACACAAUGAAGAGCAUAAUUCUGAAUAUGAAAGUGCAGAAGAGAAUCCAUCGCAGGAUGAUGAUGGUACGAGAUCUGCAGAAAGUGAUAUCGAAAGGCAAGGAAAAAGAAGAAGAAAGAACAAGUGGAGAUGGCCAGGAAGAAUCGAAGGACUUGGCUAAAGAUGUAACUAACCCUCAGUAUAUUCCACGGAGAGGACCAUUCUUUGAGCAUGAUGUACGAAUGACCAGCAACAAAGAAGACACGAACAUCAGACCAAAAACAAAAAAGAAACUUUGGAAAGAGGACGACAAAUGGUCACAUGACAUGUACCGAGAGGAUGAACAAACCCCAAAAAGCCGUGAAGAAAUCAUUACGAUGUACGGGUUUGACAUGAGGAGUGGUUCUCUGAAUGAUGCUGGCUAUCCCCGACCACAGCGAGGUAGAAGAAUGAGAGGGCGCCAAGGACCCCGACCACAGUUUCGAGAUAAUAGAGGCUUUGAAAACAAUCAAAAUGACAACAGCCAAACAGAUCAAACUGACAUGCAAUAUGAACAAAAAGAAUCGCAGUAUGAAUGGAGUCAGCAACAAAAUAACCGUCCAUAUUAUAGAAGAGGUGGCCGUAAUCGAGGAAAUAUGAACUAUCGGGGAAAUGACCGAAGGCAGAGUGAUAGUGAUGCACCUUAUAGAGAGAACCGCUCACCUGUUGAUAAGCAAAUACGUUCAUUUGGACACGGACGGGAAUGGACAAAUACAAAUUAUAAAAAACAAAGGGAGGAUACAAUUAAUCCCCGACAAGGGGAUGGGGAUGGGAUACAUAUGCACACUUCUUCUGUAGAUAGAACUUCUAGGGAAACAAAAUCUUAUAUGAAGGAUCGACGACGCCCGCCCACACAUCGGGCGCCAGAAGAGCAGGAAUCCAGUACUGAUGCUGGAAACCAGGAUAACAAGGAAAUGGAAAGCAACAUGGAAAAGUUAUCCAUUACUGUGGAAGCUAGUCACAUAGGACAAGGGGACCAUGUCCCUGAUAGAAGUAUUGACGCCAAUAAUUCAGUAGUGCGGCCUGCUCCGAACUCAUAUACUAAUUCGAGACAUCAACCACUAAACCAAGAUAGAAAUGUACAAUCCAAGACACAACCGCAACCUCAAAGGUCAGGACACUCUACAAGGCCAAAGAGGUAUUCAACGCAGCGACAACGACAAAUGCCGGAUCCAGCUCCUCCCCCAGCAUUGCAUCCUCCACCGUUGAUGGAUCCACAGUAUUUUGACCCAGGUAAAUAUAGCCCUACCAUUCUAUUGAAUAAAGUGAUACCAUUUGGUUAA